UAUGCAGCACCAAUCGUGAACCUUCUAGCUUGCUACUUUUGUUAUCUAUAAAUAACCCAACAUUCUAACUUCAUUCUCAUCAUCAACCCAAACAUUUCCAAGCUUCUUCUCGUCUUCUACAUACAAAUCAAACUUCAUAUAACAAACUCUUCAAAUCUUUCUUACAUACGAUACAGCAACCCGACUCCAUACAUUUCGAAACAGCUUUGAUAUAUAUCAGUAUUUGUCAAGGAAACACAUUAUAAUGGAGAGAGUAACAAGAAUUGUAUCACAGAGAGCUGUAGUGAUCUUCAGUAAGAGUACAUGUUGCAUGUGUCAUACCAUCAAGACUCUUUUUUAUGAUCUCGGCGUAAACCCAACGGUUCAUGAACUCGAUGAAGACCCAAGAGCAGGAAAAGAAAUCGAGAAAGCACUUGUAAGGUUGGGAUGUAGUCCGUCGGUACCGGCUGUAUUUAUCGGUGGCGAGCUAGUUGGUGGAGCUAAUGAAGUCAUGACUCUUCAUCUCAGUAGCUCUCUCGUUCCAUUACUAAAGCAAGUAGGAGCUAUCUGGCUUUGAUGCUGCUUACUUAAUUUUGACUUGAUUAAUCUUACAAGAUUAGUUAAUUAUUAUCCUAAGUGUGUGGUUUGUUGAGAAUUAUAUACAUAUAAAUAUAUAUGAUGAAUUAAAAUA